AUGUACACACGAACACACACUCUCUCACCGCUCCCGACGGUUCUUCGACAUGGACUCAAAGCCGUCGUUACGCUCUCGUUUUUCUCUCUCGUCACUUCCUUCACACUCCUGGUAUACCUGAUUGGCAGACUCGCAUGUUGGUAUCGGAGGACGAGCCCGAAGAAGGAACAACAAAUACCAGCCACCACCACACAGGUUCCCGUCAUCGCUGGUCUGCCCCACGAACUCGAAGCCCAGUAUAACGCAAAUGGACAGUCGAAGCGAUCGAGAGUCCCGAAUCAGUUCCUCAUUCUUCUCCUCAACGUCCUCUUUGCCGAUGCCAUCCAGGCCUGCGCCUUCUUUCUUGACGUUGUCUGGUUGGUGGAGGAUAAGAUCACCGACGACUCAGCUGCAUGCUGGGCUCAGGGGUGGUUCAUCUCCACAGGCGACCUGGCAUCUACUGCUUUUGUGGCAUUCAUCGCAGUACACACCUAUCUCACCCUUGUUAGAGGUCUCAAGAUCUCGUGCAAGGCCUUCUACAGCACUAUCUUUCUUUUGUGGUUCUUUGUUUUGUUCAUGUCUGUACUUGGGGUGAUCAUCACCAAUAACGGCGCAGGUAAAGGUGGUUUCUAUGUCCGCGACAUCACCUGGUGUUGGAUCAACUCCGAAUAUGAGGCUAUGCGGAUGUACUUACACUAUGCCUGGAUGCUGACACUGAUCAUCACGGGAACCGUAUCGUAUAUCUUGGUCUUCGUCCACGUUCACCGGGCAGACAAGGCAUUCCGAAGCGCCAGAAAGGCAGCUGCUGCGGCGGAAGAGGCCUCAUGCGACGGCGUACUCAGUCCAACGACCUUACCGAACGUCAUGUCGCAGCACAACCAAAAGACAGAGGUCCACAAGCGGAUACUCUUCCUCUUCUACCCCAUCGUCUUCCUCCUAUGCACAGCGCCGCUGGCUCUGGGACGUAUCCUCAGCAGCGGGGGUAUCAAGCUCUCGGCAGAGUACCUCAUCUUCGCCGGCUGCAUGAUCACUUCCAACGGAUGGAUCGACGUCCUCAUCUUCUCCAGCACGCGAAGUGGCAUCCUCUUUGAUGCGCCCGUCGACGAGCAGAACCUCGGCCUGGACACGUUUAACUUCACGCCCCUAGGUCAACAGUAUGGACACAGGGUCUGGAUCGAGGGCGGCGCAGCGAAAGACGACUCGCAUAACCGAAAGCCAAGCGUGUUUCGCAGACCCUCGCGCCGCGCGAGGCUUGGCUCAGAGGCCAGCCACGACCGUAGCGAGAGCCAGACGUCGUUGCACGACCGGGACGUGGCUGGUCUCAAGGGCAUUCAGAUGGAGACUGUCACUCGGAUCUUUGUCGAGGAGGUGGACCCUGCGAAGAAUAAAAAGUACGCUAAUCGGACGCUGAACUCGAUGCCAUCCGAUGAGAGCGUUGGUGAGCGCGUGCAGCAGAGCAUAGACUCCUACAGAUGA